AUGCUCGCCGUCGGCUGCGCGGCGCACCUCGCGCUGCCCUCCGCGUUCGGCGCGCCCACCUUCCCCGCGCCCGCGCAAGACCCCAUCGCAUCCGUCAUUCUCCCCGCAGUCGCUGGCGUGCUCGCGGGAUUCGGCUCUCAGCUCGGCAGCGGGUGCACGUCGGGUCAUGGUGUGUGUGGCUUGCCUCGCCUCUCCAUCCGCAGCCUCGUCGCUGUCUGCACCUUCAUGACCACAGGCGCCAUCGCAUCCAUGCUCUCCAAUGCGCUGCUGCCACCUGUCGCCUCUGCCGCCCCCGUUGCCCCGCCUGCUAACGCCUGGAUGGCUGCUCUCUCAGUGAGUGCAGCCUCUCUGCUACUGCUGCUCAUCAGAAGCAUCGCCUCGCGGCCCGCCCCACCUUCAGUUGCAAAGGACGAGCUUCCCAAGGCAGCAGCAUCAGGGGCAGUCUCUCCUAUGCUGCUUCUCUCUUCCAUGCUCUUAGGAACGGUCUUUUCUCUCGGCCUCACCUUCAGUGGCAUGCUCAACCCCGCCAAGGUGAAAGCUUUCUUGGACCCUAUUCACGGGUGGGACCCCAGCCUAGCGUUCGUGAUGGGGGGAGCCGUGCUCUUCAAUUUAGUCACGUUCCACUUCAUUCUCAAGCAGCGGCAUCCGCUAUUGGCCCCGUCCUUCUCGCUCCCCACUCGGAAAGACAUCACCAAGGAGCUAGUCAUUGGGUCAGCAAUCUUUGGACCGGGUACGUGA